GUCAAAGAUACGCAGAGAAACGGGCUGCUGAAGAUGGCGGAUGGGGACAGUGGUAGUGAACGCGGCGGCAGCAGCGGCGGCGGCGGCGGUGGAGGAAGUGGUGGGUUCCAGCACUACCAGCGGGAACCGGAGACCCAGGAGCUGGCCUCCAAGCGGCUGGACAUUCAGAACAAACGCUUCUACCUGGAUGUGAAGCAGAACGCCAAAGGCCGGUUCAUCAAAAUCGCCGAAGUCGGCGCAGGGGGCUCGAAAAGUCGCUUGACCCUCUCCAUGUCCGUCGCGGCCGAGUUCCGCGACUACCUGGGGGAUUUUAUAGAGCACUACGCUCAACUGGGGCCUAGCAAUCCCGAGCAGAUUGCUCAGUCAUCCGGCGGCGAUGACACCGGGCCUAGACGGGCCUUGAAGAGCGAGUUUCUGGUGCGCGAGAACCGAAAAUACUACCUCGACCUGAAGGAGAACCAGCGGGGGCGGUUUCUGCGGAUCCGGCAGACCGUCAACCGAGGCCCCGGUUUUGGAGUCGGGAUGGGCGGCAUCCCCGGGGCCGGCCUGCAGUCCGGCCAGACCAUCGCACUCCCGGCCCAAGGCUUAAUAGAGUUCCGCGACGCCUUGGCCAAGCUGAUAGACGACUACGGGGGUGACGACGAGGAGCUGGCCGGCGGAGGGGCGGGGGGCUACAGCGAGCUCCCGGAGGGCACGUCGAUCAUGGUGGACUCCAAGCGCUUCUUCUUCGACGUGGGCUCCAACAAGUACGGCGUGUUCCUGCGCGUGAGCGAGGUGAAGCCCAGCUACAGAAACUCUAUCACGAUCCCCUUCAAGGCGUGGAGCAAGUUCGGGGGAGCGUUCAGCCGCUACGCCGAGGAGAUGAAGGAGAUCCAGGAGCGGCACCGGGACAAGAUGUACGAGCGCAGGACCGGAGAGGAGUCCGAGGGAGACGACGUGGACGACGAUUGAUGCCGAGGCAGAGGUGGCUUUUUGUGUGAUUUAAGCUGAUGCAAAGUCUGCGAAUUAACGAGAAAACGGAGAGAGGAUUUUGUGCAUGAAGCGAACUAUAAAAUGCUAAAACAACGGAGCAAAAAAAAAAAAAA